AGGCUUAUUUGUGCGUGUAGCCAACAGAUGGCACCAUUGUAUAGGAAUACUUUAAGUCCCAACAUAAUGUAAUUCUCAGGAUGUUGAAUAGGUCUAGUAUAUGUAUGCGUUCAAAUUUAGCAAAGACCUACAUGGAUGAAAUGUUUCUCUUCCGAAUUACUAAUUAAACACGGUAACUGAUGCAACUCAUAAAAAGUACCAAAAAAAAACUCUGCCCAUCUAACGCUCUAAGUAAACAGGAAAGAAACGAAUGCGGUCCAAAAGAGAAACUGAAAGUUAACUCAGACAGCCAUUUUAAAGAUGCAGCAGAAAGAAGACCGUGAAAAGAAGAAUUAAAUUGAAUAAACCAACGGAGUGAACAGCCUGUUGUGGAGUGGAAUUGUGUGUCCGGGUAGAGAGGGCAGGGUCACCUGAACCCAGCUGUCUGUCUAUGAAGAGUGAUUGUUCUAUGGAUCCACCUCUCCACUUCAGAGGAGAAACCAACGGUGAAACCCACGGUCCUGCCAGUAUGAGUGUCCGGGUAGAGAGGGCAGGGUCACCUGAACCCAGCUGUCUGUCUAUGAAGAGUGAUCGUUCUAUGGAUCCACCACUCCACUUCAGAGGAGAGUUCACAGGUGAUCAAAGUGUCCGGGUAGAGAGGGCAGGGUCACCUGUACCCAGCUGUCUGUCUAUGAAGAGUGAUCGUUCUAUGGAUCCACCACUCCACUUCAGAGGAGAGUUCACAGGUGAUCAAAGGGUCCAGGUAGAGAAGGCAGGGUCAUCUGUACCCAGCUGUCUGUCUAUGAAGAGUGAUCGUUCUAUGGAUCCACCACUCCACUUCAGAGGAGAGUUCACAGGUGAUCAAAGACUGAGUGACUGUGACCUCACAGAGAAGUCCUGUGAUAUUGUGGCCUCUGCUCUCCAGUCAUCAAACUCACCCCUGAGAGAUCUGGACCUCAGCUACAAUAACCUGGGGGAUUCAGGAGUGGAGCUGCUCUGUGCUGGACUGAUGAGUCCAAACUGUGAACUGCAGAGACUGGACCUCAGCAACAACAACCUGAGAGAUUCAGAAGUGGAGCUGCUCUGUGCUGCACUGAUGAGUCCAAACGGUAAACUGCAGAGACUGGGUCUGAGUGGCUGUGAGCUCACAGAGAAGUCCUGUGAUAUUGUGGCCUCAGCUCUCCAGUCAUCAAACUCACCCCUGAGAGAUCUGGACCUCAGCAACAACUACCUGGGAUAUUCAGGAGUGAAGCUGCUCUGUGCUGGACUGAUGAGUCCAGACUGUAAACUGCAGAGUCUGGGACUUAACAGCUGUGAGCUCACAGAGAAGUCCUGUGAAAUUGUGGCCUCCGCUCUCCAGUCAUCAAACUCACCCCUGAGAGAUCUGGACCUCAGCUACAAUAACCUGGGAGAUUCAGGAGUGGAGCUGCUCUGUGCUGCACUGAUGAGUCCAAACUGUAAACUACAGAGACUGGACCUCAGCCACAAUAACCUGGGAGAUUCAGGAGUGGAGCUGCUCUGUGCUGCACUGAUGAGUCCAAACUGUAAACUGCAGAGUCUGGGACUGAACAUCUGUGAGCUCACAGAAAAGUCAUGUAAAUUUGUGGCCUCAGCUCUCCAGUCAUCAAACUCACCCCUGAGAGAUCUGGACCUCAGCUGCAAUAACCUGGGAGAUUCAGGAGUGGAGCUGCUCUGUGCUGGACUGAUGAGUCCAAACUGUAAACUACAGAGACUGGACCUCAGCAGCAAUAACCUGGGAGAUUCAGGAGUGAAGCUGCUCUGUGCUGGACUGAGGAGUCCAAACUGUAAACUACAGAGACUGGACCUCAGCAACAACAACCUGAGAGAUUCAGGAGUGGAGCUGCUCUGUGCUGAACUGAGGAGUCCAAACUGUAAACUACAGAGACUGGACCUCAGCAGCAACAACCUGAGAGAUUCAGAAGUGGAGCUGCUCUGUGCUGCACUGAUGAGUCCAAACUGUAAACUGCAGGGACUAGGACUGAACAUCUGUGAGCUCACAGAAAAGUCAUGUGAAUUUGUGGCCUCAACUCUCCAGUCAUCAAACUCACCCCUGAGAGAUCUGGACCUCAGCUGCAAUAACCUGGGAGAUUCAGGAGUGGAGCUGCUCUGUGCUGGACUGAUGAGUCCAGACUGUAAACUACAGAGACUGGGGCUGGGUUGGUGUAAUCUCACAGAGGGCUGCCGUGGUGUUCUGGCCUCAGUCCUGCGUUCUCCUCACUCAGAGCUGAGAGAUCUGGAACUCAGAGGCAAUGAGCUGCAGGAUUUAGGAGUGAGAGCGCUCUCUGCUGGCAUGGAGGACCCACACUGUAAACUGCAGAGACUGGGGGUCCGGGUAGAGAGGGCAGGGUCACCUGUACCCAGCUGUCUGUCUAUGAAGAGUGAUAAAUCAAUGGGUCUUCCACUCAACUUCAAAGGAGAGAUCUCGGGUGAUCAAAGACUGAACAUCUGUGAGCUCACAGAGAAGUCAUGUAAAUUUGUGGCCUCAGCUCUCCAGUCAUCAAACUCACCCCUGAGAGAUCUGGACCUCAGCUGCAAUAACCUGGGAGAUUCAGGAGUGAAGCUGCUCUGUGCUGCACUGAUGAGUCCAAACUGUAAACUACAGAGUCUGGGGCUGGGUUGGUGUAAUCUCACAGAGGGCUGCUGUGAUGUUCUGGCCUCAGUCCUGCGUUCUCCUCGCUCAGAGCUGAGAGAUCUGGAACUCAGACACAAUGAGCUGCAGGAUUCAGGAGUGAGAGCGCUCUCUGCUGGCCUGGAGGACCCACACUGUAAACUGCAGAGACUGGGUCGUUUAGGAGAGAUGCGUUCCAAGAAACAGUCUCUCCUGCGCAUACUGAUGAAGCUGAAGAAGACUGGAAAGUUGGAACUGUUUCAGAGCCAUCUGAGUCAAGAUUGCCCAGAAUGCUUUAAUUGUCUUCCUGAAGAUCCAUCUGUACUGGAUAAGUUUAUGAAGAUGAAGGAAUUGUUCAAGAGUCAUCAAAUUGCUGAUUACCCAGAAUGCACUGAGAGAGAGCAGGAGGAUCCUGAGGCCCUGUACAUAGUUGAGAAGAUGUUGGAGACCUGUGGCAGUGAGGGGUCUUGGAAGAUCACACUCCACAUCCAGAGGAGCAUGAAGCAGAAUGAAUCCAUAAAAAGAGCCCGGCAGGCACUGAAAACUCAUCUGAAGAAGAAGUUUGAAUGCGUAUCUGAAGCUUUAGCAAAGAAGGACCACCGAACCCUCCUCAGUGAGAUCUAUACAGAGCUCCACAUCACAGCGGGGGGAAGUGGAGGAGUCAAUAAUGAACAUGAGGUCAGACACAUUGAGACAGCAUCCAAGAGACAAACCACAGAGGAGACUGCAAUCCUCUGUAAUGACAUCUUUAAGCCUUUACCUGGACAAGAGAAACCCAUCAGAACUGUGCUUACAAAGGGCAUCGCUGGCAUUGGGAAAACAGUCUCUAUGCAGAAGUUCAUUCUGGACUGGGCAGAAGGAAAAGCCAAUCAGGAUGUUGAUUUCAUCUUCACUCUUCCUUUCCGAGAUCUGAAUCUGAAAAAGGAGAGAGAAUUGAGUCUGAUGCAACUUCUGCAGCACUACUUUCCACAAUUGAAAGAGAUCAAAAGUGUUGAAGGUGACAAAGUCAAAGUUGUGUUUAUCUUUGAUGGUCUGGAUGAGUGUCGACUUCCUCUGGAUUUCCAAAGCAAUAAGAUCUGCUGUGUUAUAACAGAGUCAUCAUCAGUGGAUGCGCUGCUGACCAACCUCAUUAAGGGGAAUCUGCUUCCCUCUGCUCGCCUCUGGAUCACCUCCCGACCAGCAGCAGCCAAUCAGAUCCCUCCUGAGUGCGUCCACCAGGUGACAGAGGUACGAGGGUUCAAUGACCCACAGAAGGAGGAGUACUUCAGGAAGAGUAUCAGAGAUGAGAACCUGGCCAGCAGAAUUAUCAAACACAUAAAGUCAUCCAGGAGUCUGUACAUCAUGUGUCACAUACCACUCGUCUGCUGGAUUUCUGUUACUGUUCUGGGGACAAUGCUGAGUGAAACAGAGAGUGGAGAUCUGCCCAAAACUCUGACUGAAAUGUACACACACUUCCUGCUGAUUCAGACUAGUGUGAAGAAUCAGAAGUAUCAUGGCACCAAUGGGACAAACCCAAAGAAAAUGUCAGAUACAGAUAGAGAAAUCAUCCUGAAACUGGGGCGGCUGGCUUUUCUACAGCUAAUAAAGGGCAAUCUGAUAUUCUAUGAAGAGAACCUGAGAGAGAGUGGCAUUGAUGUCAGUGAAGCUUCAGUGUACUCUGGGGUGUGCACAGAGAUGUUUAAAGAGGAGUGUGGUUUGUAUCAGGAGAAGGUCUACUGCUUUGUGCAUCUGAGCAUUCAGGAGUACCUGGCUGCCUUAUUUGCGUUUCAUUCGUGUGUAAAUGAGAACAGAAAUGUACUCAGAGCAGAAGAGUCAGAACCUCACAGUGACAGAGUGCAGCUAUCUGAGGUACAUGAGACUGCAGUGGAUCAGGCCUUAAAGAGUAAGAAUGGACACCUGGACCUUUUCCUCCGAUUCCUUCUCGGCCUCUCUCUGGACUCCAUUCAGACUCUCUUAGGAGGACUACUGACACAGACAAGAAGCAGAUCAUCUGUACCAGACACACAGACCGGAAGCAGACAACCUGUACCAGACCGACAGACACAGACAGAAAGCAGGUUAGAGUGCAUUAGUAAAACAGUCCAGUACAUUAAGAAGAUGAUCAAAAAGGAAUCUUCAGCAGAGAGGACCAUCAAUCUGUUCCACUGUCUCAGUGAACUGAAUGACAACUCUCUAGUGGAGGAAAUCCAGAAUUUCCUGAGAUUAGGAAAACUCUCUCAUAAGAAGCUGGAACCAGACCAAUGCUCAGCUCUGGCCUUUGUGUUACUGAUGUCAGAGGAGGCCCUGGAUGAGUUUGACUUGAAGACCUACAACACAUCAGCAGCAGGUCGUCAGAGACUGCUACCAGUAGUUAGGAACUGCAGGAAGGCCAUACUAAACCGCUGUGACCUCACAGAUAAGUCCUGUGAAAUUGUGGCCUCAGCUCUCCAGUCAUCAAACUCACCCCUGAGAGAUCUGGACCUCAGCUACAAUAACCUGGGGGAUUCAGGAGUCAACCUGCUCUGUGCUGGACUGAGGAGUCCUAACUGUAAACUGCAGAGACUGGACCUCAGCUACAACUACCUGGGAGAUUUAGGAGUGGAGCUGCUCUGUGCUGCACUGAUGAGUCCAAAGUGUAAACUACAGAGUCUGGGGCUGGGUUGGUGUAAUCUCACAGAGGGCUGCUGUGAUGUUCUGGCCUCAGUCCUGCGUUCUCCUCGCUCAGAGCUGAGAGAUCUGGAGCUCAGAGACAAUGAGCUGCAGGAUUCAGGAGUGAGAGCGCUCUCUGCUGGACUGGAGGACCCACACUGUAAACUGCAGAGACUGGGGGCCCUGGAAGCGAGGGGAGGGUCACCUGAAUCCAGUUGUCUGUCUAUGAAGAGUGAUAAUUCAAUGGUUCUACCACUCAAUUUCAGAGGAGAGAUCUCAGGUGAUCAAAGGGUCCGGAUAGAGAGGGCAGCGUCACCUGUACCCAGUUGUCUGUCUAAGAAGAGUGAUGAGUCAAUGCAUCAUUCAGUCAACUUCAGAGGAGAGAUCUCUGGUGAUCAAAGCCACCUGGGAAAGAAAAAGUACUGUCAGAAACAUCCUCCUUUACACAGUUCAGGGGUCCGGGUAGAGAGGGCAGGGUCACCUGUACCCAGUUGUCUGUCUAUGAAGAGUGAUAAUUCAAUGGUUCUACCACUCAACUUCAGAGGAGAGAUCUCAGGUGAUCAAAGGUUCCACUACUCACUGGAGUCCAGCCGUUUCGAAGAGAAGAGUUCAGAGAAACGGUCUUUCUUAAAACAGUCUCUCCUGUGCAUGCUGAUGAAGCUGAAGACUGGAAAGUUGAAACUGUUCCAGAGCCAUCUGAGUCAAGAUUGCCCAGAAUGCUUUAAUUGUCUUCCUGAAGAUCCUUCUGUACUGGAUAAGUUUAUGAAGAUGAAGGAAUUGUUCGAGAGUCAUCAAAUUGCUGAUUACCCAGAAUGCACUCAGAGAGAGCAGGAGGAUCCUGAGCUUCUGUACAUAGUUAAGAAGACGUUAGAGACCUGUGGCAGUGAGAGGUCUCUGAAGAUCACACUCCCCAUCCUGAGGAGCAUGAAGCAGAAGGUUCUCGACGACUCACUAGCGAGAGAUAAGCAGCUCAAUGAAUUCAAAGAAAGAGCCCAGCAGGCACUGAAAACUCAUUUGAAGAAGAGGUUUGAAUGCAUAUUUGAAGGUUUAGCAAAGCAGGACCACCAAAACCUCCUGAAUGAGGUCUAUACAGAGUUCUACAUCACUGCGGGGGGAUGUGGGGGGGUCAAUGAUGAACAUGAGGUCAGACAAAUUGAGACAGCAUCCAAGAGACAAACCACACAGGAGACUGCAAUCCACUGCAAUGACAUCUUUAAGCUUUUACCUGGACAAGAGAAACCCAUCAGAACUGUGCUUACAAAGGGCAUCGCUGGCAUUGGGAAAACAGUCUCUGUGCAGAAGUUCAUUCUGGACUGGGCAGAAGGAAAAGCCAAUCAGGAUGUUGAUUUCAUCUUCACUCUUCCUUUCCGAGAUCUGAAUCUGAAAAAGGAGAGAGAAUUCAGUCUGAUGCAACUUCUGCAGCACUACUUUCCACAAUUGAAAGAGAUCAAAAGUGUUGAAGGUGAUGAAGUCAAAGUUGUGUUUAUCUUUGAUGGUCUGGAUGAGUGUCGACUUCCUCUAGAUUUCCAAAGCAAUGAGAUCUGCUGUGAUAUAACAGAGUCAUCAUCAGUGGAUGUGCUGCUGACCAACCUCAUUAAGGGGAAUCUGCUUCCCUCUGCUCUCCUCUGGAUCACCUCCCGACCAGCAGCAGCUAAUCAGAUCCCUCCUGAGUGCGUCCAGCAGGUGACAGAGAUACGAGGAUUCAAUGACCCACAGAAGGAGGAAUACUUCAGGAAGAAAAUCAGAGAUGGGAACCAGGCCAGCAGAAUUAUCUCACACAUAAAGUCAUCCAGGAGUCUCUACAUCAUGUGUCACAUACCACUCGUCUGCUGGAUUUCUGCUACUGUUCUGGAGACAAUGUUGGGUGAAACAGAGAGUGGAGUUCUGCCUAGAACUCUGACUGAAAUGUACACACACUUCCUGCUCAUUCAGACUAAUGUGAAGAAUCAGAAGUAUCAUGGUGCCAAUGAGAUGAACCCAAAGAAAGUGUCAGAGUCAGAUAGAGAAAUCAUCCUGAAACUGGGGCAGCUGGCUUUUCUACAGCUGGAAAAGGGCAAUCUGAUAUUCUAUGAAGAGGACCUGAGAGAGAGUGGCAUUGAUGUCAGUGAGGCUUCAGUGUACUCUGGGGUGUGCACAGAGAUCUUUAAAGAGGAGUGUGGGUUGUACCAGGAGAAGGUCUACUGCUUUGUGCAUCUGAGCAUUCAGGAGUAUCUGGCUGCCUUAUUUGCGUUUCAUUCAUGUGUAAAUGAGAAUAGAAAUGUACUCGGAGCAGAAGAGUCAAAACCUCACAGUGACAGAGUGCAGCUGUCUGAGGUACACAGGAGUGCAGUGGAUCAGGCCUUAGAGAGUAAGAAUGGACACCUGGACCUUUUCCUCCGAUUCCUUCUCGGCCUCUCUCUGGAAUCCAUUCAGAAUCUCUUAGGAGGAAUACUGACACAGACAGGAAGCAGAUCACCUGUACCAGACCCACAGACAGGAAGCAGACAACCUGUACCAGACCGGCAGACAGGAAGCAGAUCACCUGUACCAGACCCACAGACACAGACAGAAAGCAGAUCAGAGAGCAUUGAGAAAACAGUCCAGUACAUUAAAAUGAUGAUCGAAGAGGAAUCUUCAGCAGACAGGACCAUCAAUCUGUUCCACUGUCUCAAUGAACUGAAUGACAACUCUCUAGUGGAGGAAAUCCAGAAUUCACUGAGAUCAGGAAAACUUUCUGAUCAAGAGCUGGAACCAGACCAAUGUUCAGCUCUGGCCUUUGUGUUACUUAUGUCAGAGGAGGUCCUGGAUGAGUUUGACUUGAGGACCUACAACACAUCAGCAGCAGGUUAUCUGAGACUGGUACCAGUAGUCAGGAACUGCAGGAAGGCCAUUUUGGGUGGCUGUGAGCUCACAGAGAAGUCAUGUGAAAUUGUGGCCUCUGUUCUCCAGUCAUCAAACUCACCCCUGAGAGAUCUGGACCUCAGCUACAAUAACCUGGGAGAUUCAGGAGUGGAGCUGCUCUGUGCUGGACUGAGGAAUCCCAACUGUAAACUGCAGAGACUGGGACUGAACAGCUGUGAGCUCACAAAGAAGUCAUGUGAAAUUGUGGCCUCAGCUCUCCAGUCAUCAAACUCACCCCUGAGAGAUCUGGACCUCAGCUACAAUAACCUGAGAGAUUCAGGAGUGGAGCUGCUCUGUGCUGGACUGAUGAGUCCAAACUGUAAAAUCGGGAGACUGGGGCUGGGUUGGUGUAAUCUCACAGAGGGCUGCUGCGAUGUUUUGGCCUCAGUCCUGCGUUCCCCUCACUCAGAGCUGAGAGAUCUGGAGCUCAGAGACAACGAGCUGCAGGAUUCAGGAGUGAGAGCGCUCUCUGCUGGCCUGGAGGACCCACACUGUAAACUGCAGAGACUGGGGCUCCGGGUAGAGAGGGCAGCGUCACCUGUACCCAGUUGUCUGUCUAUGAGGAGUGAUAAUUCAAUGUUUCUACCACUCAACUUCAGAGGAGAGACCUCUGGUGAUGAAAGCGUCACACACAGGUGGGGUGCACCUGAGGAGCGGCUGCUGUCAGAGCAGGAAGUGCAUCAGUCACUGCAGGCCCAGCUGAUGGGAGUAGAUGCACAGAAACGGCUGAGCCUGGUCCGGGUAGAGAGGGCAGCGUCACCUGUACCCAGUUGUCUGUCUAUGAGGAGUGAUAAUUCAAUGUUUCUACCACUCAACUUCAGAGGAGAGACCUCUGGUGAUGAAAGCGUCACACACAGGUGGGGUGCACCUGAGGAGCGGCUGCUGUCAGAGCAGGAAGUGCAUCAGUCACUGCAGGCCCAGCUGAUGGGAGUAGAUGCACAGAAACGGCUGAGCCUGUAACAUUUAAUCAUUUCUGUUUCAGCCACCUGGGAAAGCAAAACUACUGUCUGAAACAUCCUCCUUUACACAGUUCAGGAUGAGUUUAACUGGAAGCUCUGUCUCCAUGUGCUGUGAGUUUGAGCUGCAGUAAGAGGAUGAGUUUAACUGGAAAGUGUCUCCAU